AUGUCCUACGGAUCCAUUGCUGGCAGUGGUGGCCCGGGGAGCCAUGGCCCUUUUGGGGGACCCUCCAGACAAGGCUAUCAGCCCCUAGAAUGCGCUAAAUGUUGGACCGAGUACGGAAUCCGCCAUUUCCCCUGCCCGUCGCCAGAGAGCAGCCCACAGGACCCCUGUGUGGGCCAGGAUGGGGAAGGUGAUCUGGGGUCAGCGGGCACGCCCAGAGGCCCAAGGGCCAGAAAGCGAGGGCCAGGGGUCACUCCUGAAGGCAGUGGGACGCCCGGCUCGCCGCCCGCUGCUGGCCCGAGGAAGGACCGCGCCAGUGGGGCCCGUGGCCGGCUGGCGGGGCCCAGUGCCACGCGGGCCAAGAAAAGGAAGCCCAACUUCUGCCCACAGGAGACGGAGGUCCUGGUGUCCAAGGUCAGCAAGCACCACCAGCUGCUGUUUGGCACGGGGCUGCUGAAGGCCGAGCCGGCCCGCAGGUACUGCGUGUGGAGCCGCAUCCUGCAGGCCGUGAACGCCCUGGGCUACUGCCGCCGCGACAUUGUGGACCUCAAGCACAAGUGGAGGGACCUGCGUGCCGUCGUGCGGCGCAAGCUGGGCGACCUGCAGCGUGUGGCCCAUGGCCCCGGCGGGCCCCAGGUCCUGGCCCUCACGCCCGUGGAGCAGGCGGUGGCCAAGACCUUCUCCUGCCAGGCCCUGUCCCCUGAGGGCUUCGGCCCGGAGCCGCUCCGAGCCACCCAGGUGGACCCAAGUGACCUCCAGGAGCUGUUCCAGCAGACGUCGGCCAGCGUCUUCCGAAUCAACUGCAAUGUGACCUCCUUGGAGCAGAGCCUCCAGUCCCUGGGGACACCGAAUGACACGCAGGAGCUGAGGGAGAGCCUGCACACGGCGCAGCAGGAGACCAACAAGACCAUCGCGGUCAGCACCGGUGCCCUGAGGCAGAUGUCGGCGCUCCUGCGGGGCUGCUCCCGGGACAAGGCCUCAGCUGUCCUUAUAACCCACAUUUUCCCUUUGCAGCAGGAGUGUGUUCAGCUGGACCGCCUGAAAACUCAGCUCUCCGAUGCCAUUCAGCGCUACGGCGUGGUGCAGAAGAAAAUUGCAGAGAAGUCCAGAGCCCUGCUUCCCAUGGCACAGCGGGGUGGCAAACAUCAGAGUCCCCGGGCCCCUUUUGCUGAGCUGCCUGAUGAUGAAAAGAUCUUUAAUGGGGGUGACAGCAUGUGGCAGGGCCAGGAGCAGGCGCUGCUUCCGGAGAUCACGGAGGAAGACCUGGAGGCCAUCCGGCUGCGUGAGGAGGCCAUCCUGCAGAUUGAGAGUGACUUGUUGGAUGUCAAUCAGAUCAUCAAGGACUUGGCCUCCAUGGUGUCAGAGCAAGGAGAUGCCAUCGAUAGUAUUGAAGCCAGCCUUGAGGCUGCGUCCUCGCACACAGAGGCGGCCAGCGAGCUCCUGGCUGGAGCCAGCCGGCACCAACUCCAGAGACGCAAGAUCAAGUGCUACUUCCUGUCGGCUGGAGUCACCGUCCUGCUGGUCAUCAUCCUCAUCACUGCCACCUCUAUCCGAAAGUAA